CCCAAUCAGAGCGGGAGGAGGGCGGAUCUCGCCGCCCAUUGGCCGGCGUCCGGCCCCGCCCACUCAAGAUGGUGGCGCCCAUCUGCGCCGAGGAAGCCCCGGGACGCGGAUAAGACUAACCCCCCGCGGGGGGGAGGGGGGAAACGAUCCGGGGCCCCCCCCGGUGGGAGAGCGGGUUCACGCCGGGACCCCCCUCGUCAGGGCGCGAGCCAUGGAUCUAGUGUUCCUGGUCAUCAACGGCAUAGGGAUGGCCCUGAAUUUCUUGAGCCUCCUGCUCGAUGUGAACUUCUUCCUGGUCUCCACCUUGGUCUCCGUGCUGGUCUGGCUCAUCACGUUCAUCUACAACCUGCCCAGUGCACUGGUGGCUGGUGUGAUCCACUGCUGGAACGGGACUUUGUUCUCCUUGGUGUACCUGGUGGAGGCGCUUUGCUGCCUGGCCCUGGGCUCUGUCCAAACUGUCACCGGCCUGUUCCGAGGCUUCUGCUCCAGCCUUGAGAGUCUGAAAGUGAUCGGGAACCUGUUCUCGCACCUGGUCCUGAGAAGCAAGGAACUUGUGCACCGAGGGCUCUGGAAUGUGGUUGGCUCUGGCCAGUCGCUCCUGAGGCAGGUAUGCGAAGUGUUUACCAUUGUCAUGAGCCUCCUCGCCUACUUAGUUAACAGCAUCAUCAACAUCUGCCUGAUUGGCACCCAGAAUCUGGUGCUGGCCCUGUGGGACUCCAUCAUUGGCCCUUUCCUAAGAGUCACAGACCUCCUCUCUGCUUUUCUUGCUCACAUGUCUAGCAGUGCCAUUGCCAUAUCCAUUCUCGUGUGGUCACCCUGCCAGCUGGCAUUCGAACUCCUAGAGUCCAUAAGCAAACUCCUGGUUAAUGUCUUCUUCCUGAAUCCUUAUGGCUUAGUGUUGCUGGCCCUAAUUGUCACAGUCAGCAUCUUAGUCCUCAACCCUGAGCUGACAAGGACGCUGGCAAACUAUGUGUUGGGAUACCUGAAUACCUUGCCUUCCUACCACCACCUGCGGAGGGACAUCUGGCGCCUCUAUCAGAUUGUGCUCUUGUCACUGGGGAUGGUCGUGAGCUCCCAUGCUUGGCGCAGGGUAGCAGGCUGGAGUCUCCAAAUGGCCAACUGGAAUGGAGGAGGCAGAGCAACAAACCUGCCGGUCAAUCAAGAGCCACAAGGUGCAGAGGCCAACCAAGACAGGCUAGGGGCAGCUGCAACCAUUCAUAGGCCAGUUGCUCCUGGAGAAGUUCCUCAGGGAAGACCAGGGCCGCCUGGAGCCAAUCAGCAGGGUGCAGGUGGUGCCCGUCAGGUGCAGCAGCCGGCAGCCAGAGGACGUGGGGACCAACAUGACACGAACGUUGAGCAAGGAUCAAAUGCACAACCAACCUCUGGUCGAAAUGCCACAGCAGGGCAGCGCCUCCAGCUUCCAGGCGAAGGACCAAGCACAUCACGAGCCAAAGCUCUGAGGAAAGAGCAGCUGAAUGCUUCGGAGGAGGACAGUGAGGAUGUCACUUCGGAGAAUGACCCGUGGAUGCUCCUGAAAGAACAAGAAGAACGUAAAAAAUGUGUCAUCUGUCAGGACCAAAGUAAGACAGUCUUGCUCCUACCGUGCAGGCACUUGUGCCUCUGCCAACAAUGCACCGAAAUCCUACUGCAGCAGGCCAUCUACCAGCGCAACUGCCCACUCUGCCGACAGAUGAUACUGCAGACUCUCGACGUGUACUUGUGAGUUCGGGGUAUCGCUUAAUCUACAUUCCACCGGGUUUACCCGGUGUGCCAGCCAGCACAGGAGAAUCCUGGGACCCUGGCUUCACGACGGUGUUACUUUCUGUGUCAAGUACCCGGCAGUAGCUCAGCACUUUCUAUGCCACCAGGAGUUUUCCAGAGAACUGAGAAUGGCAUUGAAAUACAGAGAACAUUAGAAGCUUGGUUUCACUAAUAUUAUGGUGUAACUUGCUUGUCACGGCCACUGGAAAGCACAGCAGCCGAUCUCAAUAAUGGACUAAAAGGUUUUAGCAGUUGAAAAUUCUGUAUUUCAAGGACUUUUGCCUGGAGUGCAGAAUCUUCCUCUGUUGGCUUAUCAUACAGAGUAUCCAAAGCAAGGCUUGAAAAAGGCUCCAGACACUUCCUAGCCAAAGUCUGCUAUGAAAGAUGAAGGCUGUACCCUGGUAAGAAACUCAGCUGUUAGGAAAAGGCAAAUGCUGGAAUUCCAACCAUGCUAUUAGGAGCAAGGCAGGCUUGGCUAGUGACUGCCUGAAAAUCUUGGCAUUUCUCCUCUUCUCUCAGCUGUUGAGAGGGAGAGGGAGCUCUUCUUGUUCCCCCUUAACCUCCUGCUUUCUUGUAAGGGGGCAGGAAGAGAGUUGAGUGGCUGACAGCCUGCAGCAGCAGGGUGAAAUUGACACGUUCUUGGUCAGUUUCACAGCAAACUACAGUGCUGUCCUGUCAAUUUCACACUGGUGCCCCAGGCUCACAGGUCCAGAUUCUCAAAGAUAUUUAGGCCUCAAACACCUAUCAAUUUCAAUGGGCACUUAAAUACUUUUGAGGAUCUCGGCUACAGCCCCUAGUGAGUGGGCAAGCGCAUCUUUCAAGCCUGAUCCAAAAGACUGGCUAGUGAUCUCCAAAGCAAGAGGCCUAUUUGGCUUUUGGUUGCAGAAGCACACCCUGUGCAAUCUUUAAUCAUUCCUUCAGAAACUGUCACAAUAUUUUGGAUCCUGGUGCCAUCUGGGGUCUUGAUUUUUUUUCUUUUUCCCCUUCAAAAGCUGGUAAUGCAGGGGGGAGAUUACUAGGCUGUGGUAUUUUUCCAGCUCAUUUUCCCCACUUCUUUCAGGGCCCCUCCUCCUCGAGAGAGACUCAAGUUAGAAGCCAAAUGUUGCUACUGAGGGGAACACAAACUCUUCCCAGUUUAACUUACCAUAGAGUUAAGUCAGCACCUCAUUGGAUACACUGGCAUGUAAUUAGCACAGAUCACCUAUGCAAGAUAGCACAUCCAGACUCCUUGCACAGCUUUUCUUUUUGGGGGCGGGGGAUUGAGUGGGGGAGAGGAAAGCUGGCUCUUUUUUUCCUUUUGAAGAUUUUCUUCUCAUGAAUGUGGUGCUGUUUUAACAGCCCUGGAGACUGAAGGCCUCCAUUUAUUCACAGAACAGGUCCAGCUUGGGCAGCAGCAAUGCAAGCAUCCACAUCUCACUGUACUUCCCUCCGCACUCAGAGGGUCCCCUUUAGAAGGGACUUGAUUCUCCGUGGCCUACUCAACCCAUGGCCUUUACCGAGACUGCUCUAGAGCCAUCCUGUUGUAACAGCCUUCACUGGCUCCCAGUCUGGGUUUAAAUUGAAGGUGUGGUCUCCAAGGGGGGAAGCUCCAAAUCCCAAUGCUGGACCUCUGAGACAUGCAGGCUCUGGGGAGCAAGUACUUUUCCAUGUGGGAUGAAGCUGUGAUUGCACAUAUAGGGGUUGUAAUUUAGAGUGGGAUUAUACAAUGUUAAGUUUUACCCACGGUCUGAAAUGUGAAACAUGGGAUGAGAUCUCCUUUGGUUAUGCACCAUCCCCCUGCAGUGAAACUUAGCAGUAAGCUCUGGACUGGGAGGUCUGGAGGGCCUGUCAACAUUUUGCCAGUAAGCAUAAUUCCAAGAGAUCAGUGAGCUGACAAAUAAAUAUUUAAACUAAAACCCUCUCAUGUUCCUGGAUGCUUGAGAUGGGUUAUAAGAGUGCCAGAAUCAAUUUAAUUGUCAGUGCUUAAAUUGGAAAGAGUCCCUGGACCACAAGACAAGAAGCUGAGAGCUGUUUUUGUUCUCUCUCAUGCUAAUAAAUAACUGAUAGUUGGUCUGACCCCAAAUGAAGCCCUGUAUUAAGGCCAGAGAGCACUUGGGGAGAGUCGAAUGAGUUUGUUUACCCUGCAGAAUUCUACUAUGUCAUAAUGAGUCGCGGGUUAGUCGGAGUGAAUGUAACUGAAUAGUUAUAAGCACUUCGUGGGACGUUGUUACAGUCUCGGUGAAAUGCUGGCUGUACUGAUGGCAAUGGGAAAAUUGACUUCAUUGGGUGCAGGAUUUACCCCUGGUCUCGCUAUGGCGUUAGUAUAUGCGGCGGCCCCUGCAUGGAGGCCAGAACCAAACAGUUCUACCAAGGGCGGGGCACUGUGCUGCCCUGCAUCGCACGGCGCACAACAGCCUGUAGGAAGACCACCCGUAUGUGUGUGCUUGAUGGUCUUGGGGAGGCUGAUCCAGGCAUUGGUGGAGAGUUUCAGGGCGGAGCUUCACCUGGCAGAUGAGUGUGAAGGGUGAGAUGCAGAACCUGUGAGGUUAAGCUUCUAACCUCGAAAGCUGCAUGGGAGCAGUGCUGCUACUGGGCCACUGACACGUAAAAUGAUUCAGCUUUCACUUUCUGAUCAAUAAAAAAAGAAUCAUAGACAAGCAUUUGAAUGGCUGCUGUGUGAUGCCGCUGGCAAGGGAAUGAAAAAUAUCCUUCUCUGCCCCCUCUGAGCACCUUACACUUGAAAUCUAGGGUGACAAAAGAGAGAUAUCACGGAAUCAAGUUCUGCCCUCGCUUGUAACCCACACAGCCAGAGGUACAAUGUGGGCCCUGCCUAUUCUGACACACAGCCAGGCUUGCAAUCCUCAUGUUUACAAUCUCUUACUUUGCUAUUUUAGAAAAAAAUUUCCCUCCCCCCCCAGCUGCAGUCUGUUUCAAAUGUUGCUUUCCUCUCCAUCUGGCUAGUCCCUUUCAUUUUCUGCCUCGUCUCCAUUUUCAAACACUGCAGGGCGAUGUUGAAAUCCAAAUGGAGAAUUCCCCUGGAAAUGCUCUGAUUGAUUUGUAGAGUUUGUAUAACCCCCAAUCACCACAAGAGCGUCUCAAAGCGCAGCAGAAUGGUGGCUGCGGGGCUGGGCCAAAGCUCUUUCCCGGGGGUACGUGUUUUCUGCCCCUUCAGAAAGUGCUCCAGGGCCUGUCAAUGCUGAUGGGCUGGGGGGAAAAACCAUGCCAAAUAACAAAGCUAAUAGCUGCCUUGCUAAAAGCCCAAGUGUAUUUGUGGUAUUAUUCAUGCCACAGAUUGCACAGGCACAAUCUAAUACAAUAGCACGGGUCAGCUGGUGUAAAUGGGCAGAGAGCUAUGCCCAUUUCAGCCUGAGGAGGAUCUGGCCGAAGAGGCUUCUUAGGCUCUUGGGGAGGUGCAGCGUCAUUAACUGUACAUAACACUUUCCACCUGCUCCAGCACAGAUGAGGCUAUUCCACUUCUUCCUAACCAUCCCCCUGGGACCCUGGAUGCAGGCGAACCCGGCCCUCUUGGUAAGGUUAGCCAGACCCUCCCGAUUUGUGCCUUCAUAAAAAGCUGGCUCCCUCAUGGCUGCUCUGCUUUGAGGGUUUAUUUUGAGCGAUUGCUUUUCUAACGCAGUCCCCUGAGGGGGAGAGUUUUGUAUCAGGCUUUCUGCGGGACUUCUCUUCCCAGAGCUCACUGCUGCUUCCCUUCCUAUCCAGUCUUUUUUAAUGUUUUAAAAGUCAGUCUCUUUGCCUUUUUAGGGGCUGUUAUUUGCUAUCCAGAAAAGCUGUGUGUUUUAAGGUUAACUCUUUGCACUACGAACCUGACUCUGCACAUUAAAGUCUCCUUUGCAAAAACCAAA